GGCGCGGUCCCCUGCAGGCCCUGCUUCCUGAGGCGGGGAGAGGGCGGGAAGGGCCUGCGGGGGGCGAGUCCGCAAGGGCGGUGCGGUCCCGAAGCGGCUUUGCUUGCCAGGGUUCUUCCAGCCUCCCAAAGGAACUAAGUUCUCUCCAUUCUCCCAAAAACUAUAGAAUGAGCACCUCUGAGGCCUUGGUUUCAUUCAAGGAUGUGACUGUGGAGUUCAGCCAGGAUGAGUGGCGGUACGUAGGUCCUGCUCAGAAGAUGCUGUACAGAGAUGUGAUGCUGGAAACCUACAGCCACCUCGUCUCUGUGGGAUACUGCCUUAUAAAACCAGAAGUGAUCUUCAACCUAGAACAUGGAAGAGACCCAUGGUUAUUGGAAGAUGAAUUUCUAAACAGCAGUUGUCCAGGUAUUCUUAUGGAGAAAAGCCACCCUGAAUUUAAAAAAGAAGAAUGUAAUAAAAUUGGAGACAAUUUCAGUGAAGUUACUGAACUACAGAGAAUUGAAACAGGAAGUGAAACUUUUAAUCAAGAUGUACAUUUUCAGCAAUUCCCAAGAACUCAUAUCAGAGUGAAAUCUCUUGAGGGUGGAAAAACACUGUACCACUAUUUAGCCAUGACCGUACAAAACAGAACUCACAUACUGAAGCCGUCUUCUGAUCAAGAUGUCUCCUGUAGGGAAACUUUCCUUUCUCAGUCAGCCUUUACUGUGCAUCAGAGAACUCACAAAAGAAGAAAAUAUUAUAAAUGUAGUGAAUGUCAAAAAGCCUUCAGUAGAAAGUCAUGCCUUAUUGUUCAUCAGAAAAUACACACAGGGGAAAAACCUUAUGAAUGUAAUGCAUGUGGUAAAACUUUCAGCCACAAGUCAAGCCUUGGAACUCAUCGGAGAAUUCACACUGGGGAGAAACCAUAUGAAUGUAAUGAAUGUGGCAAAACCUUCAGCCUGAAGUCAAAUCUGAGAAUUCAUCAGAGAAUUCACACCGGGGAGAAACCAUACAAAUGUAAUGAAUGUGGCAAAGCCUUCAGCCAGAAGUCAGGUCUUGGAAGUCAUCAGAGAAUUCACAGAAGAGAGAGACCCUAUAAAUGUGAUGAAUGUGGGAAAACUUUCAGAGAGAAAUUAAACCUUACGGAUCAUCAGAGAAUUCACACAGGUGAGAAACCCUAUGGAUGUGAUAAAUGUGGUAAAACUUUCAGCCGUAAAUCAAGCAUUGUAACACAUCAAACAACUCAUGCAGAGGAGAAACCCUAUAAAUGUGAUGAAUGUGGGAAAACUUUCAGGCAAAAGUCAAACUUUAACAUACAUCAAAGAAUUCACACAGGGGAGAGACCUUAUGAAUGUAAUGAGUGUGGGAUGGCUUUUACAUCCAUGUCCUACCUUAGAAUGCAUCAGAGAUUUCACACAGGAGAGAAUCUCUAUGAAUGUAAUGAAUGUGGAAAAACUUUCACGCGGAAAUCAAUCCUUGGAAUACAUCAGAGAAGUCACACAGGAGAGAAGCCCUAUAAAUGUGAUGAAUGUGGGAAAAUGUUCAGCCAAAAAUCAAAUCUUGGAAUACAUCAGAGAAUUCACAAAGGUGAGAGACCCUAUGAAUAUAGUGAACGUAGUCAGGCUUUUAUCUACCUACCAUACCUGAGAACUCAUCAGAGGAUUCACACAGUGGAAAGUACCCAUAUAUGUACUGAGUGUGGUAAAACUUUUAGUCGGAAGAAAAGACUUGGAAAGCAUCAGAAAACUCACUCAGAGAAUAAGCACAAUAAGUGCAUUGAAUGUGAAUUUGACAUUCAUCAACUAUUCUCUCCUCUAGAAAUGUCAGAAAACUUAUGAAGAAUGCAUACCCUGUUAAUGUGGGGAAAUUUUUAGAUAUCAAAACCUAUGAAGUAAAUAAGUGGGUUUUUUGUUUGUCUAUAAUAUGUUUAUUAGCUAACCCCCUGAAAAAACAAACAUUAAUACUGUGGCAAGGCUUGUAUCACCUUUAUAAAGGGGUCUUCCAAAAAUGAAAGCCUCAAAGAGGUGUUUAGAUAGUGAAGAUUUUAUACCAUUUUUUCCAAAAGGACAGUAUAUUUGUGGAGAAUUAUUGAAAAUGAUAAAGAGUUUUGAAUUUUAGAGUUUACAUGACAAGAUGAAUACUCACGAAGUCAAUGAUAAAUUAUUUCCUUAAUAUUUGUAAAGCUCUAAGUUGAUGCCAUUUUUUUAACAAAGCAACAUUUAAUUUUGUGAUUUUUUUUAAGUAUAUUUUACCAAUAAAGUGUAGAACCCUGUAGUAUUGGUUCAUUCUCUUAUCAUGCACAGUGCUUAGGUUCUCUUAAAAUUCACUUUAAAGCUGUAAUUUAAGAUGUACCCCAAAAAUGGCAAAGCUUCUGAAAAAGAAACUUGUGGAAUUGAUGUCAUUUCUAAUGAAAAGCUUUGUCUCUUCCUCCAUUGGGGAGAUCAUUGGGUAUGUCACAGAGUGGAUAAACACCAUGCCAUUAGGCAUGUAGAGGAAGAGCAACAGAGGCUUUUAAUGUCUCCUGUUGAAAUUUUAGGUCUAAAUCCUUAAUGCCAGAGUGUCCUGAUUUGGGGUGGCAUAUUCUGAUGACCUUCAUAAUGCAGAAGAAAAUUUAUAAAUGUAAUAGCUGUUGAGACUUCUAUCAGAUCAGUUCUAGUAUCAAAACAGCGAAUAAAGCAUAAAUGUAAUUUAUGUGGAAGAACUCAGAUCUUAAUAGACUUAAUGUCUGGUUAACUUAAUCAGAAAACUUACAUGUAUAACUAAAUGUCAUUAAUAUUUUUUUUAACCUUGGAAUCAGACCUUUGAGAAUGUGAGGAGGUAAGUGGAGAAAUUAUCAAGAUGAAAGUAAGUAAAAAUAUUCACUAGUCAGAUCUAAGGAAAUACUACAGGAUUUGCUGAGGUGUUAUUCUUGGCUCUGCAUUCAGGAAUCUCUCCUGGCUGUGCUUGGGGACCAUAUGGACUGCCAGGGAUUGAAUUCAGGUGGGCUGCACGCAAGGCAAGGUAGAUUUAAAACCCAAUAAACUAAUAAUAGACAUUUUUCAGCACUAACAGCACAUCAGGGUAAUGAUAAAUUUACUAGUCUGCUGAGAAUCCACUUCUUGGAUUAGUGACAUCUCUCUUGGGCCAGGGAGAAGGGCAUAGUCAAGAGCAUAUGCUCUGCAUGAGGGAGUUCAGUUCCAAGCACUGCAUGGUACUCCAAGCACUGUACUGGGAGUAUCCCCGAAGCACUGCCAUGUGUGUCAGAAACAACAAAAACUUACUGCUAGAUUUAAGACCCAUAUCUUCCCCCAUUUGAACACAUAAUCUUCAGUAUCUUAUUUUAAAAUUAAUUCCUAUGUUUCACAAGUGAAUUGCAGGCCGCAUUAUGAAAGUCAUUGGCUGAAUCAGUGGCUAAAUGAGAUACAAUCAAAGUAGUAAUUUUAUGCCACUCCAUAUUUCAAGAAUGAAGAUUAAUUUUGUUAGGUUCUCAAUAUGACCACUCAUUUCAAUUUGUCAAGAGCCACUAUUGACAGUUACGAGAUCAGUAAUUUUUCUGGGGAGACUAACUAGAAUUUUUUUUCCAGUUUUCAGCUUCUACUCUGAAGUGCCCCAAAAACCUUGUGACUUACAUGGUCAAUCCCCAAGCCCCAUUUCAAAGCCAUGUUAGUGUAGAAUGCUGUCAUCUUGGGGGCAUUGUGAAGGGACAUUCAGGCUGUCUGCUCAGCACCACUUGGAGUGUUGUGCAAGAAUGUAAUUGAUUUCAGUGGAUCCUGUGAGAAGUAAGGUGACGGAUUGAAGUCGUCUGGAGUCAGACCAAAGGAUUCUUAUCAGCUCUUCUUGCAUUUCUGCAGGGUAGUUUUAGGGAAAGAAACAGCCCUCUGUACUUGGUUUUAAAGCAUACCUUUGAUCUUGGUGGUGGAACAUGUGCACUGGUGAAGGGAUGGGGGUUUAAUCAGUAUUUGACUAUGACUUAAACCUGAAAGCUUUGUAAUUUUUUUCUUUCUCUUUUUCACGGUGAUUCAAUAAAAUAUUUCUUUAAAAAAAAAUAAAGUAUACCUUUGAGAAUGAUGUG